ACAGCGUCCAAUAUCUUCAGACAGACGAUGCGGGAAUUCAAUUGCAAUUCGUGCAAUUGUAUACCGAAUUCAUGAAAUAAAAUAACGCAUUCCCUUUCGUCGCUGAUACACCAGGUGUUUUAUUGAAGGUGCUGCUGCCAUUGUCAUCAGAUAAACACACAAGGGCAGAAGAAGAAGGACCAGGAAAUGAAUACCUUGCCCAGUCAGUGGCAGCAGGAUUACGACCCUUCAUUCUCUCUCCAACCACUCACACCUCAGGGUUAGAGGAGCUGUCCCAGUGAUAAACUACCUGCUCAGAGCAUAUAACUUCCAACCUUUCCUUGGGUUCUAGAGUGAAGGAACCCCUCCCUCCCCCCACUCACACACACACACACACACACACACACACACACAGUCAGGAUGAAGCUGAAAGAGGAUCUGAACCCGGUGCUGCUGCUGCUCUUCCAGGUGACGGUGUGGCUGUACUCUAUCCUAGCCUUCCUCCCCUCUUACCUCUUCAGCUCUGUGUCAGAAUCAGACGCAGGCCUCGGCUCAGAACAGGAGAGGGCUCAGAGACUCAAGGCCCAGUCUGUGACGGGUCGCCCCGCGGGGCCCUACAGGGCCAUGAGCACCACCAAGAGGCUGGUGUCGUCCCUGCACCCCGGGGUAGACACACUGGAUAAGGUGUUUGAGGACGCAUCCAGAAGGUUCCCUGACAGAGACUGCCUGGGCACCAGAGAGGUGGUCAUGGAGGAGGACGAGAGACAGAGCAACGGAAAGGUCUUCAAGAAGGUGAUCUUGGGGCAGUACCGCUGGCUGUCCUAUGCUGAGACCCACAGUGCAGCAGCCCGCUUUGGCAGUGGUCUGGCAGUGCUUGGCCAGAGGGCCCACAACAAUAUUGCCAUCUUCUGUGAGACCAGGGCCGAGUGGGUCAUAGCUGCACAGGCCUGCUUCAUGCAAAACUUCCCCUUGGUCACUCUGUACUCUACCCUGGGGGGUCCGGCCAUCACUCACGGUCUGAACGAGACAGAGGUCAGUCACAUCAUCACCAGCAGAGAGCUACUGGAGACCAGACUCAAAUUCAUCCUGUUGGAGGUGCCCAGGCUGCAGCACAUCAUCGUGGUGGAUGACACGCCCACCAAGUGGCCCGGUUACCCACGAGGCAUCAGUGUCCACAACAUGGCCACUGUUCAGGAGCUGGGGACCAAGCCUGAGAAUGUGUCUCGUGGGUGUAAACAGCCCAUGCCCUCUGACAUCGCUGUCAUCAUGUACACCAGCGGCUCCACUGGCGUACCCAAGGGCGUCAUGAUCUCCCAUAGCAACAUCAUCGCUGGCAUCACUGGCAUGGCAGAAAGGAUACCCAACCUGGGUGAGAAUGACACCUACAUCGGGUACCUCCCCCUGGCCCAUGUGUUGGAGCUGAGUGCAGAGCUGGUGUGUGUGGCUCACGGCUGCAGGAUCGGAUACUCCUCCCCCCAGACACUAGCGGACCAGUCGACAAAGAUAAAAACAGGCAGUAAAGGAGACACCAGUGUUCUGCAACCUACUCUUAUGGCAGCUGUGCCGGAGAUAAUGGAUCGUAUCUAUAAGAAUGUGAUGACCAAGGUGGAGGAGAUGAGCAGUGCUCAGAGGACUCUGUUCACUCUGGCCUACAACUACAAGCUGGAGCAGCUCUCCAAAGGACGCAGCACGCCACUGUGUGACAACCUGGUCUUUAAGAAGGUGCGGUCCCUACUGGGGGGGAAGACCAGGGUGCUGCUGUCGGGCGGGGCGCCCCUCUCUGCCGCCACCCAGCGCUUCAUGAACGUGUGCUUCUGUUGCCCCGUGGGCCAGGGCUACGGCCUCACCGAGACCUGUGGAGCUGGAACCAUCAGCGAGAUGUGGGACUACAGUACAGGGCGAGUUGGUGGACCGCUCAUUUGUUCUGAAAUCAAGCUCAAGGAUUGGGUGGAGGGUGGCUACCACAGCACAGACACGCCCACCCCACGAGGCGAGAUCCUGAUUGGCGGGCCCAACGUUACCAUGGGUUACUACAAGAAUGAGGCCAAGAACCAGGACUUCUUUGUGGAUGACAAUGGCCAGCGCUGGUUCUGUACUGGAGACAUAGGAGAAGUCCAUCCUGAUGGAUGCCUCAAGAUCAUUGAUCGUAAGAAGGACCUGGUUAAGCUCCAGGCUGGAGAGUAUGUGUCUCUGGGGAAGGUGGAGGCCAUGCUGAAGAACUGCCCCCUUAUAGACAACAUCUGUGCCUACGCCAACAGCGAUGAGAUGUACGUGAUUGGCUUUGUGGUGCCCAAUCAGAAGCAUCUGCUUUCGCUAGCGGAGCAGUAUCGUAUCCGGGGCUCAUGGGAGGAGCUGUGUAACAACGCUGCCAUGGAGGAGGUGGUCCUGCAGGUCAUCACCGAGGCCGCCCUAUCAGCCCAGCUGGAGCGGUUUGAGAUCCCCCGUAAGAUCCGUCUGAGCCCUGACCCCUGGACCCCCGAGACGGGCCUGGUGACCGAAGCCUUCAAGCUCAAACGCCAGCAGCUGAAGAGCAAGUACCAGGACGACAUCGAGAGAAUGUACGGUGGGAAGUAGGACCAGACCAGACCAGAACCUCUCCAAGCACAGAGCAUCUGCCUCAAGCCGCUCAGCUCCUAGCUCCGUCCUCCUAUCCCCACCCGACCCCCAUCCCGACCCUCAUCCCGGACGAGCCCCCAGAAGCACUGAAAUUACUUGAAUCUACUUUGUUCUCCUGAGACCAAAAAGAUGGACAGAGAUAGAGAGAGAGACAGAUUGAGAGAGAUAGAGGGAGAAAAAUAUAAAUAUCAAAGAGAGGAGGCUGUGUUGUUGCAAUAUUCCCCCUCUACUGUUCCUUUAUUCGAUAAAAUGGCUUUGCUUAAAAAUUCAAAUCAAUAGACAAUAGCCUAGCCCUGAAGACUGUUGAAGAGAAGUAUUAGUUAGGUGAGAGUAAGUAAGGGGUGUUGUUGGAACACCCUAAAACAGUAUCUCCAUGUUCAUUCCACUCCUUGCCCAUGUUCAUUCCACUUCUUGCCCUCUUUGGAGAUGAUUUUCCUCCAGAUGUGAGUUAUGAGACAGGACAGGUAGGUCAUGUUCACUGUUGAGCUCAUGUCUGUCUGAGUGUUGUCGACCGUUAUUGAAGCACAAGCUCAGGUUGGUUGGAAAAGGUUCUGAUUUAACCCCAAUGCCCUUCUGUCUGAGGGUGUCAGGAAUGCUAAGCCAUGAGCCUGUAGAGAUCAAGUACCAUUAACAUUUUGGUUAAAAUCUGUAUAGAUUUUAUUUUCUCCUUUAAUUCUGCGAUUCUGUCCACGUUAGUCCACAUUGGCUGAUUCUCUGUCCAAGUUCCAAAUCCAGGGCUGCUCACUGGCUAAUUCUCAGCCCUAUUCCUGAAUCCAGGUUUUUCCAUUGCUUAUUCUCUGGUUUAUUUCAGAACCUAGUUCUGCCCGGAGACUAGUCUUACUUCCUGCAGGACAGGAUUAAACUAGCUGUUGGUGUUUAUUUUUGUUGUGUUUGGUUGAUGCUGUUUUUUCUGCUUAGUGAGGCUUUAGCACUGUGAUUUCUAUUAGAUUCCCAUCUGCCCAUCUGAUCCUACAAGCACGAAGUCAACAGGAGGUUCAGAGAGACUAAGAUAAGAUAAUGACUUUAUUAUCCCCAUGGGGAAAUGUGGGUUUCAGCUAGGGCAGUGAAAUGUUGUCUCUGCCCCUAGAAGAAAAACUGAACAUUUGGAGGUGAGUGUAUUUCUUUCAGAACUCUUCCCUUGACGUUUCUAUCAUUCAUAUUAUUGUUAUUAUUUAUGAUAAUGCCAAUUAAUAAUACUCUUGUCAUGAACUCAUAAUGUUUGUAAGAAAGAUGUAGAUUGGUGAAUACCAUUUUGUGGUAGAAAACAUAUUCGUACUCUGUUAUAGGUGUGCACUUACAUGAACCACACAUUCACGUGCUAAUGUAAGAGCUGUCGUUCUAGAAUCACUGUCAUGCUUGAAGUGAACAGUGUGCAAUAUGAUAAUAUAACAUUUGGACCAAACUAGGGUAGGAUUACUUGGCCGAUGGCAAGAAGAGAUGCACACAAAACACUCACACAAAACAGUUCCGUACAAGAAUUUUGAUAAUUUAGUUAAGAGCACAGCUUCAGCAUUUAUGUGUGUGUGUGUGCGUGCGCAUGCAUGCGGUGUUCUCGCACUUGAAAAGGCCAUUCCUUGUAUGUUGUUGUAUGUGAUACACCACAGCAAAAGAUGGCCUUGAGCUUUCCUAAAUGGUCCAAACAUGGCUCUGUAGAACAUCAUUCCACACAUGACACAUGUUGCCUUUUCUUGGGAUUUCAAGUGGAUAACUACGCAUAGGAAAUAUUUUAAUAACAAUGCUGUACACAGUGAUGUAAGAUAUCGUUUCUUGACAUUAUGUGUUACUGUAACCCAGAAUAACAUGCCUUUCUGAUGUUUUCCUGUAUACUAUACAUACAGUAUAUGAGGGGCAGUGAUCACUGGAGAAGGAAUUAUUAUAGCCUCUAUUUUAAAUCUAUUGUAGCUUUAUAAUAUAUACCUGUUUUGUUACUCCUCUCCCAUUUGUCCGGGGAAUCUGCCUUGUAACAUAAGUGCAUCAAUUGUAUUUAUUUGUAAUUUGCCUGGGAAAUUAUUACAUGAAGAAGUAAAUAAAGAUUGUGUUUGGUC